UGUGUGGUAGGUUGUAGGGACAAGAGCGUGUGGUGCCUGCUGUAGAGGGGUCGGGAUCUCCACAGCGGCUGGGCCAGACCCCCCGGGAGAACUUGCCAGCGCCCGACCUCCAUUUAGGCCUCUUCCGGCCCGCUGUGCACGGCGGCCCGCAGCUGUUGGUCCUGGCUCCUGCGGCUGUUGCGGAGAAGGAGGCCGAAGGCCUGUGCGCGCGGGGGCGGGGCCGAAUCGGGCCUGUGGUGCCGGGGACCGAGAAGCCGAGACCGCGGGGGCCCAGCGAGGGGAGCCCUGGCCUAAGAGCCCUAACGGACUGGUUAUUCAGGGCCCAGUCUUACCCGUCCCGUGGGUCCAGCCUCCACCCGAGCAGCCCUCUCCUCUUUGGGACACCCCCGCCACCACUUGCCUGAUCAGUCCAGGCCUCCAUUCCGAGGUCGCUCUGCAACUUGGUCGGGGCGGCCUCCAGGGGUGGGAAGUCACGCUUGUCCCUCAGGCCUGGGCCGCAUGAAGCACCCACCCGUGUGCGCCCUCUCACUCUCGCUCACUGCCUCCUUCGGGGCCUGCCUUCCUCCUUUCUUUCUUCCAUCUCUUCCUGCCCCUCACACCCACGCGGUUUCUCAGCAGCGAUCCUAGAGUUUUCCUCUCGGCUGCUAUUAGACUGACUCCCUCAUUGCCCAGGACGCUUCCACCUGCACACGGGAUUGUUCAGUCUUACUAGGAAGUCCAUCGGUUAUUUUUGUAGCAGAGAGCUGCUAGCCAACCAUUUUGACCCCCAUAAUUACCUAAAACCGCCCGCCGGGUUACCUGUUUGUUUCUGGGAACCUCCUGUUCCUCUUCGUUAGCAGUUUUGGGUGGGUUGUUCCUUGGCCCGCUUAUAUAGAGAAAGAAUACGUUUUUCUCCCCCGGAAGCUAAAAUUUCAAUCGCUAUAUUUGUAAAUCAAAUGCUGAAAUUGAGGGGGAACCCUGGACUUGAUGGUUUGAGAAAGAGGCUCCUGGUGAGUCCCUGUUUUGUAAGCGACUCGCUUUGACUAAUCCUUUCCGUGGGAGGGAGUCGAGGGGGACAAACUGGUCGGACCGACUUAGCAGGAAUGUUCCACUCACUGCAGAGGAGGUCGCCCUCCAGUGUUUAUUCCUACUGUGUGAGCUCUGCAAGGUUUGCCAGUCUUGCAGAUGGGAGUCCGGGCUGGGGGCAUCAGGUGAGCUCCCUGAAGGGCAGGGUACAGCAGGUUCUCAGUUGGUUCCAGAAGGAGACUGAAAAAAGCCCUAGGCAGAAUAAGAGCCUCCUCUCGCUUCUAGCUAACCAGUGUAGCUAUGUUACCAGCUUGAGGGUCCGCCGUGCCCAGCAGAUCGGCCAGCUCUACAGCAACAUCUACUCGGAGAGGACGCGCUGGAGCCUCUUCAGUAGACUCUGGCGCAAGUUUCAUAGCCGCCACGGGAAUGCCUGUAAACUAAUGGCUGCUCUAACCGGAAUCUUUGUGUGGGAAGAGGAGAGGAUCAAAGAAGAGGAGUUACAGAGAUCUAUUGAUGAGAUGAAAAGAAUGGAGGAAAUGUCUAGUGUGUUCCAAAACAGUGGAGUAGAGUGCCACCUCCCUGAACUGAAACCCCAAACAGAAGAAGCAAGCGAUAAAGCCACCAAAGAGCAGCCAUGGGAAAUGGUAAUGGACAAGAAACACUUCAAACUCUGGAGGCGCCUGAUCAGUGGUACUCACCUGUACCAAUACAGAGUUUUUGGAACAUAUACUGAUGUGACUCCUAGACAGUUCUUCAAUGUUCAGCUGGAUACAGAAUAUAGGAAGAAGUGGGAUGCUCUGGUCAUCAAACUAGAAGUGAUUGAGAGGGAUGUGAUAAGUGGUUCUGAAGUUCUUCACUGGGUAACUCAUUUUCCUUAUCCAAUGUACUCACGGGAUUAUGUGUACGUACGGAGGUACAGUGUGGAUCAGGAAAACAAUGUGAUGGUGCUAGUGUCACGUGCGGUGGAACAUCCUAAUGUCCCAGAAUCUCCUGAAUUUGUUCGUGUCCGGUCGUACGAGUCCCAGAUGGUUAUCCGCCCCCACAAUUCAUUUGAUGAGAAUGGCUUCGAUUAUUUGCUAACGUACAGUGACAAUCCCCAAACUGUGUUUCCUCGUUACUGUGUCAGCUGGAUGGUCUCCAGUGGCAUGCCAGAUUUCCUAGAGAAGCUGCAUAUGGCCACCCUGAAAGCCAAGAACAUGGAGAUCAAAGUGAAGGACUACAUCUCAGCCAAACCCUUAGAUGUUGGCAGUGAGGCCAAGGCAGCCACUCAGACCCCAGAUCGAAAGAGUGAGAGCACCUGUGGCCCAGCUCGCAUCGAAUAUGCUUAAAGGGAAUUAGGUUGGGGGGGAGAAGUUGUUUCAUACCUGCCUUGGACCCUUAACCCCCUGCUGCAGAACAGGGAAAAGCCGGGUAUAUUGGAAGAAGUCUGCUUUACUCACAAAGACAAGAUAGCUUAAUAACUGGAGUCUAAUUCACUUGGCCCUGACUACUUUCAGUGCUUUUGCCAUCCUUUUUUCAGAGCAUUUGAGAAGAUGGCAUCUCUCCUGGGAAGCCUGUUAUGUCCCCAGCUCAAGAAUUUUAAAUUCAGUGUUUCACUGAGGUACUCUGGGACAGAUUUCUGGUACCUCUGUAAGGCUGAGAACUCUUUCAUUUGUCCCAAUGGAGCAUUUUCCUCACGCCUGGAUUUUCCUUUGUGCCAUCAAUUCUGCAAUGACUUGGCUUUCUUUACUUCCUGAAGACUCCUCCUAACAAGACUGUUUGGGUUUUUCAUCAAUUUGUGGGGGAAAAGGGGUAUUGAGAAAUCUCUUGGCAGUAGGUCUUUGUAUGUGCUGACUAUAAAUGAAACAGUCCGAUGUGGCCCAAGUGCCUUCUCUUGAUCUUUGUCUAUUUAGGAAUAACAUGAAAGCUGUGCCAAGAAAUGCCCUUCUUCUACCCUGAAAGUGUCAUUCUUCCCGUGAGAUUCCACUUUAAAUCUACUUAAUACCUUUGCUGCCCUUUCUGGUUUGGACUAUGUCGUUUUUAGCCAUCUCCUUCCCAUUCUCCCCUACACAGGGACACCAGUAAAGGAAGCCCUUUUAGACAAUAAUACAUUAACAGUAUUCAGGUACGGUCAGACAUGAUGAUGGUAAGGCAACUUACUAAAAAUAUUGAAUUAAACUUUAAUUUUUAUUCUGUGUUAAUUUUUGAUCGAGAAAGUGGAAUAGGGAAUCAGAGUUGUUACUAGCUUUGAGGAUUCCUCUUUAGCCUUAGUACAAAAUAUUCCUCCUUAACCUCACUGCAAAGAAAAUGCCAAACUUAGUCCUCUUGAUUUGACUUGUCAGUCUUAUUUCUGAAUGUUUAUAAGGUUUGUAUAGACCCUCUUCCUGUGGCGAAGCUCAGGCAUGAAAUCACCAUGGAGACAUUCUCCAGGGACUUGUCCUCAGUUCCCAGUUGGGAAGAGAACACAGAGGGAAGGGAAAAUAAUUUUCUUCCCAUAGAGUUUUCAGAACCAAUAGCCAAGGUAAGAUAUUUAGGAUGAAAAACCUAGCCAUAACCAUAAUUGCCAAUAUAAGAAAUGCUGGCUGAGCUACUUAUAUACCUGUUCAUCUGAACAUUUUACCUAGCUUUGAAGCCAGGGGAGGAGUAAAACUAAAGAGAAACCUCAUUCCUUUACUUUUCCUCAAUCACUGCAAUUUGACAAAACCUCUCCCAUUAGCUUUCUUUCUCCUUGUUGCAUUGAAAUGCUCUCUUAUUAUAUGAUUGACUUGAAUUUUGCUGGAAUGUCUUGGCUCUGGCCAAGUAUAUACACCAAUAUGGCCAAAGAAAGGUCCAACUUUAAGGCUAACAGUAUCUGCAGGGUGGGAUGAAUGAUCUUAAAGUGGGUUUAUUAGGUUUUGAUUGUGCCUUGUUCUAGAUGGAUGUGUUGGCUAUGAUGGCUGUGGAAAGAUCCUGCCUGAAGGCAAGCAUGCGAUCUCCAGAUCGCAUAUGUUCUGACAUACAGGGUAUAGAUUAGUAAGGGUGGUCUCAUCUGGGCUAUUACUGUGAUAAAACUGCAAUCUGGAAGGUGGUAGGGGAUUUUGAAGUCUCCCUUGUCACCAAAAUUUAGGUGGGAAACUUCCCCCAUACCCUGUUUCUGUCAUGGGAGAAGGGAUCUAGCCCUAAAGGUAACUUCAUGCUUUAGUACCUUAGCUGUCCAUUUGGUCUUGUGCCAAAGUAGUGAUCCCACCAACACUUUUCUUGGCAUCUGUUCAGGUGAUACAACACAGAGAUACACUAAAGAGCCCAAGCUCCUUUUCAUUGAUCCUUAACUCAUUUCAGGAUGUGAUAAGGGAGAAGUCAUUGGAUUCCUUUAGUAUUCAUUACCUACAGAAGUUACUGUGUGUAUACAGAGAGCAAUUAAUUAUAAAGGUGGUUAGGAUACUUAGGGUGCUCUCUGAGAUUCCAUGAUCUGAUUUGGGGCUUAUGUGAGUGUAGAAGUUACUUUGGGGGUUGUAAUAAUUUCACUAAUAACUGGCAUUUUUAUCAAACAUGAAUAAAUCUACAGAUUGUUAUGAAA